UUGUGCAGCUGCCUGUCAACAAGAUGGCCUUCCUCUCCACGGAUGUUCUGAUUCCGAUUAUUUUGGUUGGUCAGAGAAUGUACCGUAAAGGCCAGCCUGUGUCAGUUCUAAAAAGGUAGCCAGAUGAACGAGGAAGAGUGUGAAACAGGCUCAGGGUCAGUACAGGUUGUGUACAAUCGAAAAACGGACAGUAGGCUUCGAUGUUAACAUUAGGUUGAUAUUAGAAAGUAAGUACUAUAUUCUGCAGAUAGCUAACGUUAGCUACGUGGACACGUAACGCUAAAAGAUAACCCGAGUCACCUGCACCCCCAUCCUUGCUCAAACGGAUUCCUCCGUCGGUUGUUGAGAGGAAAACGGGCCUACGACGGGGUGACUUGCUAGUGCUGUCAUCCGCACUGUUGCAGGUCAAGAGCUUGCGGAUCUACAGAUUGUAUGCCCUCUUCCUGUGACGGUGCCUGCUGGCUUGCACAGAGAGAAUGAGUGGUGUGGUGCACAGCAGAUGCCCAGCCUAGACGCCGCUGAUAUGCUUCCCUCCGGCCCGUGAUGGACCGAGAUACCUUCUCCCACAUCCGACUGUGGUGCCCACGCCCCUUUGGCACCUACUCCCAGAACAAGCCCCGAAGUACGGGUACGGGGGGCAGUGGGGCAGCCCCCUCCCUCUGCAAGGCUGACACUGCGGGGCGCACGUCGCUGGAGGCCGGGGGAGGCGUGGAUGGCCAGGAGGAGGAGGAUGCCGGCUCCGAGAACACUCCCCCAGACGCCGACCCGGCAUCGGCACCGCAGGCCCCCUCCACCCCUCCCGGCGCCACACAGAUGGAGGAUGGGAGGGUGCUGCUGGACACCUGGUACGUCAUUAAGCCGGGCAACACCAAGGAGAAGAUUGCCUUCUUCGUGGCCCACCAGUUCAGUGGGGUGGGCCUGCCUCGACCCAGCGCCAUAAAGGUGAAAGGGAACUGGGCCACGGACUGCACUAAGGCCAAGCGUAGGCGCCGCUGCUCCUCCUAUGACCCCCCCGCCCGGGCCCAGGCCAGCGUUAUUCCCGCCCCCCCGCCCCCAGAGCCCUCCACCCUAGAGGACCUCCCCGGCGUGAGUGAGACUGACCUGCUGUCCGUGGCGGAGAUGGUGGCCCUGGUAGAGCAGCGUACAGCCAUGGCCCUUCAGGGCAUGGUGGCCCAGGGACAGACUGCCCCAGAAGACCCCGAACACACACUCCUGCGGGGCACAGUCUCCGACCCCAGCCCCAUGGUGUUCCUGUCAGAGAGCCCUGACCCCCCACACCCCUCGCAUGGUGCCCUGGAGGAGGAGGAGCAGCAGGAGGAGGAGGAGCAGGAGUCGCGGCGUGUGGCUCAGGUCGUAGCCCACUUUGAGUCCCAACAUCAACUCCUGGAGAACACACUGAGGCCCGCGUCGGGCCUGGACCCUCCCAGGGAGAGGGAGCGGAGCGGGGACUCUGGCAGCGCCGGGCCCACCCACGGCCGAGGCGAAGUGAGGAUAGCCUUCCGGGUGUCCAGCCUGGAUCCUCGCUCGCAGUCGGAGCCCGCAGGCCGGCCCUGCUGCAUGUUCAUGAGCUGUGGGGGAGGAGGGGGGCAGACGGGGGCCCGGGCCAACGAGAAGAUCACCUGUGAUCUCUACCAGCUGGUCAGCCCCUCGUCACGUGACCCCAGCCUCCUUCUGGCCGGCUCUCCAAAAGCUGACCCCCAUGGGGAGGGCCAUACGGACCGGCCAGCCUCCAGCAGCCCGGACCCCAGCCGGGAGCUCGGCUCUGGGGAGAAGAAGCCUGUGGCCCGGGAGAGGGUGACUGGCUUCCACGUGGAGGUGGUGGUCACGGGUGCUGUGGACCAGUGUGUGUUCUAUGGCAAGGACAGCACAGAGAAUGUGCAAGAGGAGACGGUGUGUUUCGCCAUGCCCAGUGGGGUCAGCCCUGCCGACGGCUCAGAGGACCCCCCUCCAGGCCAGCUGUUCUUCCUGCAGCCCCAGAGAGGGUCUGRCGAGGACAGUGGCAGUGGAAUGUGCUCUUUGGACUGUGCCAAUAACAACAAUCCUGCUGUGGAUGCUGCUGACCGGCCGGACUCCCCCCUGGCCGGCGUGGAGGACUGCUCAGACCCCUCCCUGUGCCGUCUCUACCGCCACGUCUCUCACCACUUCCUGGAGAUCCGCUUCCAGAUCCAGCGGCUGCUGGAGCCUCGUCAGUACAUGCUGCUACUGCCCGACCACAUCAUGGUCAACAUCUUCAGCUACCUGCCCACCCGCUCGCUGGCCGCCCUCAAGUGCACCUGCUACGACUUCAAGGUUCUGAUUGAGACGUACGGUGUGCCCGCCACCGACUCGCGCUGGAACCAGGACCCGCUGUACCGCGAAGAUCCCUGCAAGCAGUGCAAGCGGCAGUACGAACGGGGCGACGUGUCUCUCUGCCGCUGGCACCCCAAACCUUACCACCACGACCUGCCUUAUGGACGCUCCUAUUGGAUGUGCUGCCGGCGCACGGACAAGGACACACCAGGCUGCUGCGUGGGGCUGCAUGACAACAACUGGGUACUGCAGCCCUGCGAGCUGGUGCAGACCCGCGCUAAGAGGGAGGACGGGAGGUAAAGGGGGCCUUCCUGGGUCCCAGCACCCCUCUUACUCCCUCUAGACCCACUGCACCUGGWGGCAUGCUACAGACCAGGGUUGGGGUCCUCUCCUGUGUUGUCAGCGCUCUCUCUGCUCGCUAUCACCUUGUUCUUAGCAGUCGACUAGCUCCCUACUCGGUUGUUAGUACAUGUGAAAACUGGACACCUGAUGAGUGGGCCCAUGUUGGUGGUAUGGUAUGGUGCUCUGUGUGCAUGAGGCCUGAUGCUCAACGUUUCUGCCUAUUGGUCAACUGACAGUCACGUCCUAGCCAUGCUGUCAGUACUGGAGCUGACCCCAACCUUACUGACCAGAGGCCCAGCCACUGAGGACUAACUGGCUGGAUCACAGAGGGAGUCUGUGAAAGUUUUUAAAGGUCCAAUGCAGCUGUUUUUAUCUCAAUAUCAAAUCAUUUCUGGGUAACAAUUAAGUACCUUACUGUGAUUGUGUUCAAUUAAAAUGUUCAAAAAGAAAAAAUAGCAUCUUGGCAAAGAGCAUUUUCUUAAGCAAGAAUUUUUGCUUGGACUGUCUGGGUCUGAUUGGGGAGGGGAAAACUGAGCGCUAGCUGUUGCUGGCAGAGGUUUUCAACUCUUUCUUCUUGGUCUAUUAACUAGUGAUGUCACCAGGCAGGCCAACAAUCCAUCCCACCAAAACAGGCUGAAAUUUCAGGUGGCAUUUUCAAACAGCUCUUAGACUAAAAGGGCUUUAACUCACAUGUUCACAAUUGCACAGUAUAAUUCCAACUUCUGUGCAUAUAAAACACAGGAAAUCAUGUUUUUGACUGCACUGGGCCUUUAAUGAUUGAGACUUUUUUAACAGUGUGGGGGCAAGAGAAGGCAAAUUGUCACUUUGUACAAAGUGUACUUUGUACAAAGUGACACCAGAGCUUUGCAAUGGUUUUGACAGCUUGAUAUCAAUGCUUUUGUUUUUUGGUGUGUGAGCGAAUGUUUGCUGUUUUGAGGACUAUGUUCUCCCUCCCGCCUCUAUUUUUUUGCCCCUCCCUCCCCACUAACCCCCAGUCCCAACUCCCUGCUAGUCGGCAGAGGGCAGUCUUUGCGUCAAUGCGGGUGAAAAGAAACCCUGACCAUAGAACUCUCUACACCAGCUUCCAGCCUUAACCCCACUGGUCCCACUCACAUUCCCUAAAUCUGCAAAACCUUGACAAAUACAGUAUAGAGAACUUUGUUCACUUGACCCCUCUGACCGGGUAUUGGGAGACCACUGUAGGUUUCAGAUGUAAAAUGCUAAUGGGAAUAUGUGCUUCUCAAAUAAACAGAAAUGAUUUAAACUGGAA